AUGUCCAAUUACGCUUUCAUCUUCAUUUCUAAUCUAGAGGCGCUGCAUCUCAGAAUACCCAGCUACUUGAGAAGAAAACUUGCAAACAACAUUCGUAAAAGAAGAUCGAUCAUGUUUCUACCUCACGAAGUUAUCAUCCUAAUCUUGCUGCGGUUACCAGCUAAGUCUCUCAUACGUUUCAAAUGUGUUUGUAAGGCAUGGUUUUCUCUUAUCUCUCAUGAUUCCAGUUUUGCAAAUUCACAUUUUCAACUCACUGCCACAGGACACAAUCAUAAAAUUCUGUUCAUAUCUACUUUACCCCUUGAAACACUAUCUAUAAAUUUCGAACCGUUGCUUGACGAUUACAUUGCUUCUCUUUCACUCGACCUUCAAUGUAUCUUUCCACAGUAUUUUGCGGAUAUUGAAAUUAUAGGCUCAUGUAGAGGCUUCAUACUUUUCUGCCGUUCCUCUAACAUCUAUAUAUGGAAUCCAUCUACCGUAGUUCACAAACAAAUACCUGCAUCUCCAUUUGGUGGUUCCAAGUCACGUGUUCAUUAUUUCUAUGGUUUUGGGUAUGACCAUUCGACCCAGGAUUACUUGGUGGUUUUAAUGUCUUGUUGUCGUUAUUCAGAUAAUUCUCAGUUACAUUUGGAGUACUUCUCAUUGAAAGGUAAUACAUGGAAAGAAGUUGAGGGCCCUCACUUCCCUUAUGUCAAUAGGAAUCACUUUAAACAGCCGCCCAAAGGUGGAUCUCUCUAUAAUGGAGCUAUUCAUUGGUUGGCUUAUCGUAAAGAUUUACAAACGGAUGUUAUUGUUGCGUUUGAUUUAAUGGAAAGGAAACUUUCAUACAUGCUUUUGCCGCGUGGUUCUGGUGGUAGGCCAAUGCAAUAUUGUAGUUUAUGGGUAUAUGGAGAAUUUCUCAGCAUAUAUACUAAGAAUUAUAGAAAUGAUACGGUUGAAAUAUGGGUGAUGGAAGAAUACAAAGUGAAUUCGUCUUGGACUAUGACUCUUGCUCUUCCUCUUGAUGUCAUCCCAAUCGAGGACUUUUCUCCGUUGUGUCGCACAAAAAGUGGUGAUAUUGUUGGGACAGAUCAUGGCAGUGGAUUGGUGAAGUAUGAUAAAAAUGGACAGUUUUUCGAACAACAUUUUUAUACUAAUAACGAUCUUAGAUGCCAAGUGACUACGUAUAUAGAGUCUCUGCUUUCGCUCCCUAGUGAUGGUGACAACCAACAAGCUUAA